AUGUACAGAAUAGAUGUUUCAGAUUUUUAUGACUUCCAAGCAUUCAGAAAUAUGUGUCCAUUUAGAGACUAUAACAAAGCAGUCGAGAAUUUGAAACGUUUAGUCAUUUAUGUUGACUCUGCCCCAGAAUGUUAUGUCAUGAAAGAAUGGGAUGUUGUCUUUAACAAACCAAGAGCAACAAUAGUGUCUGAACAAGAAUGUAGACAGAAACUUAAGAAAAUAAAAGUUGUACAAGUUGGAAUGAAGAUGUUAGAUGCUUGGGAUAUCUUAUUGUCAAAGUUAGAAGAUUUUUCAGUUCGAGGUAUAAAGUUCUAUACACCUUCUCCAAACUUCUAUUCUAUCUUCACUGGAUAUAAAUACGAACAAGUAGAAUGGAAACACAGUAUUAUAGAAGCUUGGUUAGACCAUGUCAAAGAAAUUAUAUGCAAUGGAAACAAAAGAGUCUAUGAGUAUAUCUUAUGUUGGUUUGCAAAUAUCUUACAACAUCCAAGUGCUAAAAAUGAAACUGCUCUCAUUAUAAUUGGAAAACAAGGAACUGGUAAGAAUACUUUCUUUACAGAUAUUUUGUGCAAACUGUUAGAAGGUUAUUCGAAUCCGAAUAUGACAAACUUAGAAAACAUCUGUGGCAAGUUUAACUCCUCAAUAGAGAAUAUGAAACUUAUAGUUUGCAAUGAACUUCAAAGUAUAGAUACAACAAAAGUUUUAAACUCAGAUGCUUUGAAGAGUCUUAUAACAGAUAAAGUUUGA